GGCAGAGUAGAAGGAUGCUUUAACACCAGCCUGCGCUUGCUGGGCACGGCGGCUCCUCCUACCCUCUCUCUCCGCCACCCGUUACAUCCCCGCCCCGCUCGCCCAGGCAGAGCCAGCGCAAGAGGCGCAGGAACAGGGGAUGCUUUUGCAGAGCGGGCGCCGUCCAGGUUUGCAAAGGCGAACAGAAGCAGAACCGCUAGCCUCCGCCCCUUGCGUCUCCGUCUCUUCAAUCUCCUGCUUUUUUGCAGAGCUUCCUGACUGAACCAUCAGCCUGGUGCGACGCCCAGGAGCGGGUGAGGAGCGCCCAGGAAGCCUAGAGGGAGCUAAGAGGUGGUUGUAGUAGCCACCGGGUAGGGACCAGGUUGCCAGGCGCCAGGGCGAGCGGGAUGUGGCAGGGUUGGCCGGCUGGUUUGGGUGGCUGGUGGGCGGCGGAGCCCAGCCUGGCGCGAAGCAUGGAGCCAGGCUCAGAAUGAAGGCGGCGGCGGCCGGGCUGCCCGUCGAGGCGAGGAAGGGGCGAGUCAGAAGAGGAGGAAGGAGGUGGAGGCGCCCCCCGACGACGCGAUGUCGGUGCCUUUGCUGAAGAUCGGCGUGGUCCUCAGCACCAUGGCCAUGAUUACCAACUGGAUGUCCCAGACCUUGCCGUCCCUGGUAGGGCUCAACACCACCAAGCUGACUGCAGCCUCCGGGGGCACCUUGGACAGGAGCACUGGGGUGUUGCCUACCAACCCAGAAGAAAGUUGGCAGGUCUACAGUUCUGCUCAGGACAGCGAAGGGCGGUGUAUAUGCACAGUGGUGGCCCCCCAACAGACAAUGUGCUCGCGCGACGCCAGGACGAAGCAACUGCGGCAGCUAUUAGAAAAGGUACAAAACAUGUCCCAGUCAAUAGAAGUGUUGGACAGGCGGACCCAGCGGGAUCUACAGUACGUUGAGAAGAUGGAGAACCAGAUGAGAGGCCUGGAGUCGAAGUUCAAGCAAGUGGAAGAGAGUCACAAGCAGCACCUGGCCAGACAGUUCAAGGCGAUUAAAGCGAAAAUGGAGGAGCUUAGGCCCCUGAUCCCUGUGUUGGAGGAGUACAAGGCCGAUGCCAAAUUGGUUUUGCAGUUUAAAGAGGAGGUCCAGAAUCUGACGUCAGUUCUUAACGAGCUCCAGGAGGAGAUUGGCGCCUAUGACUACGAAGAGCUUCAGAACAGAGUGUCAAAUCUUGAGGAGAGACUCCGGGCUUGCAUGCAAAAAUUAGCCUGUGGGAAACUGACAGCAAUAAGUGACCCAAUCACAGUCAAGACAUCUGGAUCCAGGUUUGGCUCAUGGAUGACAGACCCACUAGCUCCAGAGGGUGAGAGCAAGGUCUGGUAUAUGGACAGCUAUCACAACAAUCGCUUUGUCCGGGAGUACAAAUCCAUGUCCGAUUUCAUUAACACAGACAACUUCACCUCCCACCGCCUCCCUCACCCAUGGUCUGGGACUGGACAAGUGGUCUAUAAUGGCUCCAUCUUUUUCAACAAAUACCAAAGCCACAUCAUAAUCAAAUUUGACUUGAAAACGGAGACCAUCCUUAAGACUCGUAGCCUGGACUAUGCCGGCUAUAACAAUGUCUACCACUAUGCCUGGGGUGGCCACUCGGACAUUGACCUCAUGGUGGAUGAGAAUGGCCUGUGGGCCGUCUAUGCCACCAACCAGAAUGCGGGGAACAUUGUCAUCAGCAAGCUGGACCCCAACACUUUGCAGAGCAUCCAGACUUGGAACACCAGUUACCCCAAACGCAGCGCUGGAGAAGGGUUCAUCAUUUGUGGCACAUUAUACGUCACCAAUGGUUACUCGGGGGGUACGAAAGUGACCUACGCCUAUCAGACCAACACUUCAACUUAUGAAUACAUCGAUAUCCCCUUCCUAAACAAAUACUCCCACAUUUCCAUGUUGGACUACAACCCCAAGGACAGAGCUCUCUAUGCGUGGAACAACGGUCAUCAAAUCCUUUACAAUGUCACCCUCUUCCACGUGGUCCGAUCAGACGAAUUGUAGUCCACUUUUUUCGUCGGGAAAGGAACUGAACCAUUUAACAAAAAACAAACAAACCUGGAAGGGAUACAUACUAUGGAAAUAUAUUUUAAAAGAAAAAAUAGAUAUAGAAAUGGAAAACAGCUGCCAAAAUGUCAAUGUGGGAGUCUCCGGUAUUUAAACCUGCAAGAGAUCUGCGCUCAUACCUCUCCGAAUUUUCAAUCAAACAUCUAACUCGUGUUAUAGACCUUUGGGAGGGGGGGAAUGAAACCAACUUAUUUGCAGCUGGAACUGCACUUGACAAAUUAAUUUUCUGUUCUUGGGUGUCUUAUUUUUCAAGGGCAGGUGGUCUGUCUGUUCUCUUUCCCUACUGUUCUGAUAGCAAAGUUGUAGUUAUAAAGUACAAAGUAAAAGGCGAUGACUGUUGGGGGGAAAACUUUAUCAUGGGGGUGUGGGGGGGAGGGGGGACACCUGAUUCUUGCUCUCUUAUUUUUUGGUGCAUUGCAUGGACAGUUCCUUCCAUCACAGUCAGCUAUGAUGAGGUGUUGAAGUUGACUCACAUCAAUGGGCUUCUCAAUUUUAAUUUUUUGAUUUUACUUUUAGAAGGAAUGUUGCAGGUAGAUAUUGUCUCCCAUGGCGCCUACUCUCGAGUAUUUCACUCUCUGCUUCUUCUUCUUUUUUUAAAAAAACAAACAAACGAACAUCUCCCCCCUCUGUGUUUUAUGUCACCUUUAGAUUCAUUGUCCUGGGACCCAAAGUAGCUAAUGGAUCUGUGUCUCUUUAAGUAGAUAUAAAUACACGAAUAAAAAAAAAGAAAAAAAUAUAUAAAAAGGUAUGUAUUAUGGACAAGUUGUUGUACCCAAAUAUUUGUUUGAACAUGUAUCCAGCCAAUAUCUUGUACAAUGUUAUGUCUGUUAUUAACCAGAGGUGGUAAAAAAACAAAAACUUUGUAUGUCCAAGUUUAUGCAAUGAAUGUUGUAAAUGCCAAUGAUGUCAUUUCGAUUAAUAAAUGAAGGUUUCAUAUCUUAAAAAGUGA